GAUUCUCUACCGUGUUUUUUGGACUAGGAAUAUCUUACAUUAUGUGCCAAUAUCCAUAUUUUGUUUGCCCAAUCGAAUACAGCGAAACUCUGGGCAGAAUGACAAUGGAGUGCGAACCUAGCUCCCUCUUCCGCUUACAAAGUUAUACUUUACCUAUUUGGUUGAACUGGUUGAAAAUUUUUGGUUUAGGAGAUGUCAUCUAUCUAUACCCUUUUAUGCUUCAUUCCUUGUCUCUUUCACUGUUCAGUAGCGUGAUUGGGCCAUUUGGAGGUUUCUUUGCUUCUGGAUUUAAGAGAGCGUUCAAAAUUAAGGAUUUUGGAGACGUCAUUCCAGGCCACGGAGGUAUCAUGGACCGCUUCGACUGUCAGUUCCUGAUGGCUACGUUCGUUAACGUUUACAUCAGCAGCUUUAUUCAGACAGACAGUCCACAGAAGUUACUCUCUCAAGUUCAUUAUCUGAAACCCGAGCAACAGUUGCAAUUGUUCCACAUGCUACGCGAAUCGUUGGAGAAUCGAAAUAUUCUAAUUCCAGGAAAUUAGACGACUGGUGUAACGAUUGAUGUUAAUUUAUUUUCUGUGCCAUAGGAGUUAUUAUUUUUGUUAAUAAAUUUUUUGUUGGGUGUGUCUCGAAGGGACCAGACCAUUCCCAUUACCGUUGCGAGCUGUGUUGUACUUAAGUAUAUUCUAUAGUUACGAAUAUUUAAACUCCUCGAAUGGCUAGUUGGAUUUCUCCCAUGGCGACCGAUUGUCAUGAUUUUUAAAAUCAUUCAAACGUGUGUCUUGAACAAAGAAUUUUCGUUGUUUUAUGAUGUUACCUGAUUAUAAUUAAACGUUUCAAGGAUAACUUUUUAUACCAGAUAUUGUAAAGAGUGUUUAAUAUCUAAGUUGAAAUAAUGGGAACGAUUUGGUAAUUGGCUUUUUGUUAGUCAGGUAAUAUAAAAAUCAUUGAUUUACAUAAAAAGGUUACUGGUUUUAGAAGACACUGACUUCUCAGUGAGUCUCUAUUCUUACACAAAUUUACCUAAUCACUAGUUAACU